AUGUUUGGUAUUCAAUCGAAACCAUCAAGUGCAGGGAUUACUGGAUUUGGGUCCGGACAAGCUAGUCAACCUAACCAGGCUGCUCCCGCCUUUGGUAGUACUAUUGCAUCAGCAGUAAAUACUACUUCGACCCCUGCGGCUGCUACAACCAAUGCUGCCACUGGUAACAAUUCUACCUUUGCAUUACCUACAUCAAUCAAUACAACUAAUAGUUCUAAACUAUUAAAGGAAUUAUUGGAAUCUGCUAACAAUUUACCUAAAAAAACCGACAAUAUUGAACUUGGUUCAAUCCAUUUGACCUUGAAUGAAUUGCAACGUAAAUCUCAACAAUUGAGAAAGCAAGAUGAUACUAAGAAGGACGUAAGUUAUACUAAAGCUCAUUAUUUAUUAGCUGGGAGUGGUAUUAGUGCCGAAGAUAUUGAGAAUGAUUUAAAUGCAAUCCAUGUUCCCCAAACAGCUCCUGGCGCUAUUGCUACUGAUGUUAUAGCCCCGGUUACCACUGUUACAUCAGCUAAUAUUGAAAACUAUUUAAAUGCCAAAAAGGACGAGAAUAUUUUAAAUACUAUUGAACAGUCAUUGCAUUUGGCAUCUAAGGAUUUUGAUAAAUUUAUAAACUCUAAUAUUUCAAUUGAUUGGAAACUUAGAAGAGAAGAAUUGAGAAAAGCUGUUGGGUUGAAAUAUAAUGAAGCAAAUAACAAUGAUUCUUCUGCCAAGAACUCAUUAAUAUGGAAGACAAAGUCAUCCUCAGGAAACAUUUUAGGUCCUUUAAGUGCCAAGACUGCUGCUCCAGUGAGACAGAUGACUAGAGAUAAGUUUGAGAAUCACGCUAAAAUUAUCCAUGCUUUAAAUCAAGCACGCUUAACCAAAAGCAACUUCCCAUUGUGUUUAAAUUUCAAUGAAUUAAAUAAAUUACUGAGUGAUUUAAAAUCUAAGCAAAUCUCAGAAAUUUGGAAGAUUUUGAUUGAAUUAACCGAUGAAAAGUUUGCCAAAACCAGUCAAGAACAGAAAUUUUCUAAUGUUCCUAAACGCGAUUUAAAUGAAUCAAUUGUGAAUAACAGUAAGACUUAUUUGGAGCAAGAGUUUUAUAAUUAUGUGGAUGAGCUUUACUUGAAGGAUACCGAUAAACCAGCUAAAUUCCAACCUGCUUCUAAUUUAAAUAAGAUUGGUUAUUUCAUUCAUCAAAUUGUAUUGAAAAAUGAUCCUGAUUUAGUUAACAAAACUUUAUUAGUUAACGGAACUCCUAUUUGGGCAUUAAUCUUCUAUCUUAUUAGAGCUGGUUUAUAUUUUGAUGCUGUGGAACUUGCCACUCGUAAUCGUGAAUUGUUCCAUAAAUUUGACAAGAAUUUCCCGGUUUAUAUUAAGAAGUAUGUUGAUAAUCAUACAUUGCCGUCAGAAUUAAUGGAAAAGUUACAUCUGGAAUUCAAUCAACAAUUUCAAUUUAUUAUUAAUGAUGUUGAUACAAGUAUUAAUUAUGAUCCAUAUAAAUAUUCCGUUUAUAAGAUUAUUGGGAAAUGUGACUUAAGCAAAAAAGCAUUACCGCAAUCUAUAAAUUUAAGUAUUGAAGAUUGGUUAUGGUUCCAUUUAUCCAUCAUCAACGAGAAUGAAUCUUCAUUGAUCUUUGAAAAUUACAGUUUAUUGAAUUUACAAAACAAGAUUAUCCAAUUAGGACCAAAGAAUUUGGGAUCUUCAAAUAAUCCUCUUUAUCUCAAGAGUUUGAUUUUGGUGGGACUUUAUGAAUUGGCGGUCCAAUACACUUAUGAUCAUGUUAAUGAAUGUGAUGCUGUUCAUUUAGCUAUUGGAUUAACAUAUUAUGGCUUGUUGAGAUGUUCAAGCUUUAACAAAGAUGUAUUACUUUCAGUUCACAAUAAUGAAUAUGAAAUUAACUUUAGCAGGUUAGUAGGGUCAUACACUAGAAGUUUCAAAAUAAGUGAUCCAAAAGUUGCAUGUCAAUAUUUAAUAUUGAUAAGCUUGGUUGAACCAGAAGUUUCGCACGAAGCAUUACGUGAAUUGAUUUUAGUAUCUCGAGAAUUUGGAAUUUUACUUGGUGAAUUAAAUCAAGAAAAUGGUACCAAGACCCCAGGAAUCUUGGAAAAACAACGAAGCUUAAUAAAAUUAGACAAUUUAGAAGAUUACUAUCGUGAAAUCAUUGAAGUUUCUGCUACCAAGUGCGAAGAAGAAGGAAGAAUUUUCGAUGCAUUAUUAUUAUACCAAUUAUGUUGUGAAUACGAUACCGUAGUAUCAUUGAUCAAUAAAUUAUUAGCGGAAAUUUUUGCAACUACCGAUUUAAGUAAGCCAAUUAUCAAAUUCGGUAAUUAUCAAGUUAUUUCCAGCGGAUAUACUACUGAUGGUAGUGAAUACAAAGACACCAUCGACAAUAAUAUCAUAUUACUUUCACAACAUAUAAUGAAAAUGUUCAACAAUAACAGUUUCAUAUUGAGUAAGAUAGCUCCACAAAAGAAGCAAACCUGUGAUUUAUUAUUACCUAUAAUUACCAUUCGAGAAUUAUUCUUGCAAAAAAAUUGGAGGGAAGUGAUAACUCAAAUUGGCAAGCUAGGACUUAUUCCAGUAGAUCCAAGCGAUGAUCUUAUCAAGAUUAGAACUAGUAGUGAAUUGAUCCAAAAUAGUGAUAUGGAUGACAAUUUAAUCAAGGUUAUUCCGUCAUUAUUGAUUAUGGUUAUGACAAGUGUGUCUCAUUUGAAUUAUGAGAUUUUAACCAAGAAAUAUCAAUGUUUGGGCAAUGAAAGAGAAGAAUUGAUUCAAUGGAAGAAGGUGGCCAAGAAUUGUAUGAUUUACGCUGGUAUGGUUCAAUACAAAAUGCCAAGAGAGACCUAUAGUUUAUUAAUCAAUUUAGAGUCACAGUUGUAA